CGAGUCUUUUGCCUCUCUGCUGCUUUUAAGUGGGAAGGCAGGAGGUAAUGGCUGUGCUUGACAAUGCUACCGAUCGAUCCAUGGAAAAAUUGUCAGACCAGUACGAGUGCGAUAGGACUUUAGACACCAUCGAAUGUAAUGGCUACUGUCGCGUGGCUUUGCAGUUCCCCGAUGAAAUGCUAAAAGACGCGCCGCGUGUGUGUCAAUUUCUCAUGGCCCAAAGUAAAAUACGUCAAAAGCGGGAAAAGGAGAGACAACACGAUGUCUCAGAGCACACUGAGCCUCUAUUUUUUGUAAUUGGUGACACUUCAUACGGUAGUUGUUGCGUGGAUGAGGUUGCGGCUCAACAUUUAGAUGCGGAUCUAGUGGUACACUACGGCCAUGCCUGCCUGUCGCCCACCUCUCGGCUACCCGUCCUCUACGUGUUCGGCCGGAAGCCCCUCACGCAGACUCUCCAGGCCAUAGCUACCUGUCUUUCUACAACGCUCUUGGCGCGGAGCAAAGAAAAACGAGCGUUUUUGUUUUAUGAGCUGGCAUACGAGGCCAUCAUUCCUGAUGUGGCACUCGAGAUGAACAAACAGCUGGUAGGCUCUCACGUAGACGUAACCGCAGCACGCCUUCCGUUGGCUUCCGUAAGCCCCAUCAUGCCCUUCUCUGAGGAAGGACAGUACUUGGC